UUAUGAAAUUAAAUAUAUAUUUAUAUGUACAAUGAUACAAUGAUAAAUACUAAAGGUUAAACCAGCAUGAAUCCCAUAUGGUUUAUAUGUAACAUAAACCGUCUCGUCAUUGCUCAUAUCUCACACAGCCAACAUUUAGGAAGAUUGAUUAUAUCAUUUUCAAUUGAAGGUGAACCUUGUUCAUUAUUCCUCCAUGUAAGAUAAUUUUAAAUCCCUUUGUGUUUUUCCUGAGUCUUCCUUGAUCCUUAUCUAAAUAAUUAAUACUGCAUGUCCUGUGAUACAAUCGUCCCAUAUUCAGUCCAAGAAUUGCUUUAGUUUGAGUGUACUCUGUCUCCAAGUAUAAGAUACAACUGGUCCAACCAAAAGCUCGAAUACAUAAAGCUCUCAGUUGUGUAAAUGAGAGCAGGCAGGCUGGUUGUGUUCAAUCCAGCUCCAACCAUCUAGCUUCACUUGGAGAACCGAACCUAAACCAGUCAGGCCUGUCAAAUAAACAAAAUUAAAAAUCGUGAAGUCGAGAUAACAGAAUGUAUCUUAGUUUAGAAUUUCUGUUAGUGGAUUCUUGAAAACUUCAGAGAAACGGAGACUGAAAAAUUAAAGAAGAAAAUCUUUAAUUAAAGAUUUGGGGCUAUGUUUGAUACGUCAUGGUAUUCAAGAAGGAGGAGAGGAGAAGGAGGGAGAGGAACCCUGGACCAGAGGAAAGUUAUGGUCCUGAGAUAAAAUCAAACCACGCUGAAAAUAUCCUGUUUAAACAUGGGACCGGAGAAAAAAGUAAAAGUGAAACGACUCUCAGAGUUAACAGUGAUAAGGAAGGAUUGGAAAGAAAAGAAAAUACAUCCAGUGAUCAGGGUUCAGUUAAAGCCAUCUAUCGGAGAAGUGAGCUGGGGAAUGGAGAGGAACGGAGAAACCCUGUUCAGCUUUACUCCGAGUACCCUUGUGAACACAUCCAACACGAUCCCAACCUUACUCCAGAUCUCUCUCAAGCUGUAACUAGGAGGAGGAGAAGGAUUCCAACCCUAUUAAUUCUCUCCUUUAUUAAACUCAUUGAUUUAAGCUUUCAUGGGAUAAUGCUUUCUUUAUUCCUCUACUCAACUUACCUGUCAGCAAUAUACUGCACUCAGGGUUCCGAGUUUAUCUCUGAGGACGGGUUGUGUAAGAAGAAUGGCUCCAUGUCUCCUCAGAUACUGGGCAGAGAGGAUUGGACAAUGUCAGUUCGAGAAUGGGGUUUGAUCUUCUCUAUCUUUCAUUCUGUUUACUUCUUCCUCGCAGUUAUAGCUGACAUCUUCUUCUUCUUCCUUAUUAAAAACAUUAAAAAGUAUAUUCUUACUGUUCUGCCAGUAGAACGAUUAUUUCUUCUUACACUACUUAGCACUGACUCAAUUACAUACAUUUUUAGCCGAAACCUUGAUUCUCAGAUGAGAAAUGCUGUUGUAACAGUUCUUGUGAUAGUUUCAGCUCUUUUUACUUUUAUUGAUACGUUGUAUGUACUGCCACGACUAAGAUACUUGGUCAAACUUGAUUUGGUUUGGUUAAGAAAAUCCGGGAAACUAUUUUGCAAAUGGCGGCCAAUAUUCAAUCUUCUUCUAGUCUUGAUAAUUACAGUCUACAAUCUAAUCAUUGCCCUGAACACAAGUUUAUCGAUAGAUUUAAUCCCUAUCUCAGUUUAUGGGUUUAUCUACGCAACUCUAUCAGCAAUCUUUCUUUUUCUCAUUAUACAGAGGAAAAAGAGACUUGUGGAGUUUUUAAAUAAUCUGACGGAUACUCAAGAACUCAGAGAUAUUCAGUCAUUUCAUCCACCCGGAGAUAUUCAGUCCUUAAACCCAUCCAGAGAUACUCAGUCUUUAAACCCACCCAGAGAUACUCAGUCUUUAAACCCGUCCAGAGAUACUCAGUCCUUAAACCCACCCAGAGAUACUCAGUCUUUAAACCCACCCAGAGAUACUCAGUCUUUAAACCCAUCCAGAGAUACUCAGUCCUUAAACUCGUCCGGAGAUAAUCAGUCUUGUCAUCCAUCCAUUGAUACUCAGUCUUUACAUUCACCCAGAGAUAUCAAAUCGAGAAAAGUAAACGGAGAAAUUGAAGUUCUAUACACCUACGGAGAUAUCCAGACUGUAUACCCAGCAAAGAAUACUUUAUCGAUUCAUGCAAACGGAGAUGCUCAGCAUCCACAUGAAGUUAUCCAGUCCUCAACCCAACCCGAAGAACCAUCCCAAGGUUCUUAUAGAACUAGGACCCGGAGUAACGGAAACGGUUCAUGCCUUAGCAGUGGAACCCAAUCUCAAAGGAAUGACAGAAAAUUAGACAUAACUCCAGUAUCUCCAGUACCUCAUAUAUAUCCAGUAGCUCCAGCAGCUCAAGAAAGCACCUGGAUUAAAGACGUAUCCCUGGAGAAGGAGUGGAACGAAGGCAAAUGUGAUAUAUUGCUGAGUAUCCUGGGAAUAAUAUCUUUAAACUACCUCACCUUAGCUCCUCUCUCCAGAACAUUAAACUUUAUCUUUCAUCAGUUCAUUCUUUAAAGAAAUAUUAAAGGGAUUGUCACCUUAAUUUUGUCUGAACCUUCGAUAGAAGAGUGUCAUAAAUGACUAUUUCUCUUUAACUUAGAAGCGAUUGUACUGAGCUAUCUGGAAUUUGUCGGUCAUUUUCUUGCUUCGUCCUCGUGUUGAUGAAUUUUCAGAAAAAUUCUUUUUAGACAAAAUAAAUAUUUUGAAAGAAAGAAUUAAGAAAAAGAACUGGAGAAGAAAUGGAAAUAAAGAUAAAAGGAGUUAGAAGAAGGCAGAAGAGAAAAAGUGGAUCUUUUUCCACUAAAUGGAGAGAAACAUAAAACAUUUCGUUGACAAUCUUUUUAAUAAAUUUCUUCUUUAAGAUUCAUGCUUGCUAGUGUGAGUAUUUAAUAUCCCCUCUAUACUCUAUACAUAUUUUAUGCAUUCUUGCUGCUCAUGCUUUGUUUUGCUUUCUCUGUAAUUACGUAUCAGUGCCUUAUUAAUAAAUGUAUUUUAAUCCAUUA